AUUUACUGAAACCCAUACUUUCGUUUUCCACUGUUUGAUUAUUGUCAGCUGAUAAAGGAAAGACAACAGCGAUAACGUCGCUCGUGUAUUCUGUAUGGAGGAUUUCUACAUUGAAGGUAUUAGUCAUCGUGAUUCACGGCCAGGUCUACCUUGAAUUGACAACCUUCCUGUUUUGCCGUGUUGAACUCCUGCCUCUAUAGAAAAGACAGCAUUCCGGACCAUGUCUAUCCUGUCCAUAGAUGAAUGCCGGACACGAAUUAUACGGGACAACCUUGUCAAGCUCAUACAUCGCUUGUGUCCCAGAGAGCUACUACCACACCUUACAUGUCUUUCAACAACGACAAAGCAAAAGAUAAGGUGCAGAUUAGAUAACGAGGGUCAAGUGUCAGCAAGCGAUCUGUUACUGCAGGAGUUACAGAGGAAAGAUAGAUGGUGGGAACAGCUCAUUGCAGCUUUACGACAUUCUGAAGUCGACAUGGAUAAUAUCGCUGAUUUGUUAGAGGCAGAUCUCGAAUCUCUCUCGGAACUGCACGGGAAGAAAAGAGGAAAACACGCUUAUAAAACAGAGAAAUCUAAAAGGAAAGAAAGGAUUGAUUGGUCAACACCUCUCGAUAAGCUACCUUACCCUGUUCUGAACGUUCUAAAGAGACUGGACGUGGGCUCCAAGUGGAAGGAUUUGGCAUCUCAUUUAGGCUACACCGUAGAACAAGUGGAACGGUUUGAGGUAUAUGCAGAUAAGGACGGCAGUCAUGCUACAAAAUUUUACAGUGACCUCGCAAAAAAUCGAGCUUUUGAUCUCGGACGACUCGUCUGUGUUUUGAAAGAAAUAGAGAGGAACGAUAUUUUGGAAGAUUUACGUCACCUCAAGGAAUUAAGCCAUCUAGACUGGAAUACCACGAAGUAUCCUCAUGACGUCACAACCAUUGCUAGACAGGAGAGUUGUCAGCAGAGUUAUCUGGAAGAGUCAACACUUUGUUUUGCUUCAUGGAAUUCAAACAGUAUACUUACUGACGUAAGUUCCGGUUCAAACGGAAGUCAUGCAAUGAAAGACGAGAGACAUUAUGACUCUGGCGUUAUAUUAGGAGGAACGCAGCUAAUGUCCCUGGAUCCUUCACCUGAGGUUGAUGGACCUGCGCAAUCUUAUGGUGAUAACGAUCAAUGUUGUGAAAGAAUUGCUCUCAACCAUGAGGCUGAUGAGUUGUGCAGUGAUGUUACUACACAGGACUGUCAUAUCAAUGAAUAUUUCGAAAAUAACAAUGAUCCCCCCAAGGGAAAUACAGAGCCUUUCACAGAGGACUCUACAACAAAUGAAGAUUUACCAAAGACAGAGCUACGCAGACAACAGCAAGUGGGGAAUACUGUCCUGUUCAGUGCUCCAUCCAGCAAUCUGAGCAAAACUGUUAUUGGUUUCGCAGCAACAGCAAUGGUUGCUUUCUUUCUUGUAAAGUCGACACGUUAAUUGUAUUUAUAUAAGUUUUUGUUGCUGUUUUUUGUGGUAUGUGAAUACUUGCACAUGAUAAGUCUGUGAUAUAUGUAUGAGAUUUGAUGAUUGUUUUCAAAUCUUUUUCAAGGAUUUUUUUGCCAAUAAAGUUAUGUAAACAUG